ACACAAUGUCGCAAACCAGUAUUACCAACAUCGAACUGCAGCCUCGAAUCGCCACGACUGGCUGGAUUGAUUCUCGACAAAGCUCUCGAGACCGAGAGAUUUAUCCCGACGAGGAGCGGCCGCCAAACAACAUAGCGAGCACGAACCAAUCCGUAAAGUCGUCGUUGGAUCGCAUACCACCGUUGCCCCCGGCAUCAUCUGCUCCUCCCCCACGGGAUAUACAUGGCAUUAAGUGGGCGUUCGCUGUGACUGCCAUAUUAUCAAGCGUGUUCUUGUUCGCUCUGGACCAGACGAUUGUCGCUGAUGUUCAGCCAAACAUCAUCGCGGAGUUCGGUUUAAUCGAUAAAUUGCCUUGGCUAUCGGUGUCAUUUCUUCUCGGAAAUGCCAGCACUAAUCUGUUCUGGGGACGAAUAUAUGGUCAAUUUAAUCCAAAAUGGGUCUAUGUGCUUUGCGUAGCGAUUUUCGAGAUCGGUUCGACUGUAUGCGGGGCGGCGCCUAGCAUGAAUGCACUCAUUACCGGGCGUGCUCUGGCUGGCCUUGGCGGCGGAGGAAUGUACUUGGGAGUGAUGAUGUUGCUGUCCCUGUUUACUACACCUCUUGAACGAGCUAAGUACAUCGGCAUCAUCGGCGUGGUAUUCGGUUUUGGCACAGUCCUAGGACCUGUGAUUGGAGGAGCGUUUGCCGACAAUGCAUCCACAACGUGGAGAUGGGCUUUUUAUAUCAAUAUUUGCAUUGGAGGCGCCUUUUGUCCAGCAUAUUUCUUCUUGCUUCCGUCCCGUGAUCUCCGACCGGGUGUGAAGUUCUGGGACAGAAUGAAAGCUGUUGACUGGAUGGGAAACACUCUCGCCAUCGGUGUUUAUGUCUCUGGACUCAUGGCCAUCUCAUUUGGCGGCACAACAUUUGCGUGGAACAGCGCUCAAGACAUAGCUCUGUUCUGCACCUCGGGCGUUCUGUUCAUCGCGCUAUGCAUUCACCAAGUUUGGUCAAACUGGCAGAACAGAAUGUUUCCGGUUCAUUUCCUUAAGAACGGAGGCCUUUUGAUACAGUUCUUGGUGGGGGCCUCUGCGGGGACGUCGUCCUUUGUGACGAUCUAUUUCAUCCCGCUAUACUUUCAGUUCGUGCAACAUAGCAGUUCUCUCCUUGCAGGUGUACGUUUAUUACCAUUCAUCGGCUCACUGGCGACAUUUACUAUGUUGAACGGCCACCUUAUGGCACGAUCAGGAUACAGCAUGCCAUGGUACGCCACCGGUUCUGCCCUCGUGAUCGCCGCCAACAGCAUGCUCUACACUAUCGAUCUAUCUACUCCAAACGGAUUUAUUUACGGAGCGAUGGUUCUCAACGGAAUCGGCACUGGCAUGUUUCUAAAUGCUCCAUUUGCUGUUGCACAAUGGCUUGCUCCACCCGAGGAGAUAUCGAGCGCCGUUGGAUUCAUUAUGUGUGCUCGAGGAGGAGGACUUGCCAUCACACUGUCCAUCGCAAACGCCAUCUUUCUGAACUUAGCCGAAAACAGGGUUCGCGAUCUGUUUCCUGCUCUGGACAACGCACAAGUUCAGAGUCUAAUCUCAGGCGCAGGGAGCGAUCUAUUGGAAACACUUAAUCCCACUCAGCAACAGGAUGUCCUAGCAGCUAUUGUGCACGCGAUCAGUCGUGUUUUCAUCACGUCGAUAGCCUCCGGCUGCUUUUGUCUCUGCCUAUCGCUUUUUAUGGAUCGCAGGAAGAUCAAGAUUGGUUAGGUAUCCGUGUCUCGAAUUCAUUUACUAAGAAGCGCCAGUGUAAGUCACAUACAAAAGAACCCACCUUGAUAGAAUUAGAAUAUAGAUUAGCUCUCCGCUAGCGAUGUGACAGUGGUUGGCGACACGUCUGGUGGAGUUGCUGCCGGAGGCGAACGAUAUGGAUGGAUGGCAUGCAGGAAGUUCGAUCCACAUACUCAACCACGAAUCCCGACAGCCUGGUGAGUUUUGCGAUGGCCCUUUCGAUGGAAGAGUACCUAUAGAAUUCAGGAUCUGCCGCGACUCCUCAAACCCAGUUCACAGUGCUGCGGUCAAACCUGGCAGGGCAGCUGGUCAUCAAGAAUAUGGGCCUCACACCGCCUUCUUGAUGCAGGGCGUUGGUAGCGAUUCAAGAAAUAAUAGAAUGACGUUUCUUGGAAUAUAUAGUUUUCAUGUUGUAUAUAGUAUUUGUCGUGCGGAGUUUAGGUUUCAAUAAAAUAACGGUUAAUCGCG